AUGUACGCGCCCGUGAGCGAGUCGGACCCGAUGCUCCUGAGCCCCAGUAGCGGCAAAGCUCGACGUGCACCGCCCAGCAUCGAUGUGAACACGCAACGCCUCGAAGCUCGAGCAGCCACGUGCAACGACAGCGUCUUUGCCUGUCUGUUUCUAACGAACGUGGUUGUUUUAGGCGUGUUAGCCUUUUAUAAGGGGGUGCCGGUCCUACGUGAGGAUCUGAACAAAAACGGGGUGGAUGAUCACGUCGCUCAACGCCAUAUUGAGGCCUGGUCAAUGAUUGGUCUGCUCUGUGUUCUAGGGAUUGGGCUAUCUUUGGCCUGGAUCAAGUUGCUGAUGACGUAUGCCGAAUCGAUGAUUCGGGUUGCGUUAUGGCUGAAUGUAGCCAUGGUGCUAGUGUUCGCCCUGUCAAUGUUUACUGUCAACUUAUGGGCCGCGCUACUAUUUCUCCUCUUGGCGGCAAUGAACGUGUGGUACAUUUACGCGGUACAAAACCGGAUUGGCUUUGCAUCGGCCAAUCUAAAAGCCGCGUGUGCCGGGUUGCACCAACACACAGCUGUGUUUGUGCUCGCGUUUACGCUCGUGGUGCAGCAACUGAUGUGGAUACUUUUGUGGGGCAUUGCUUGUGUAGGUUUACACCAGCUGUUUCUCGAGAACGAUCCGAGUUGUGACAGGGAGCUGCAACUUGCACGUCGGGGACAUAGCCAGGGCGGACUUUGUGUCGGGCUACCCGCUUAUACCGCUCUCUUUUACAUGCUCGUGAGUGUCUAUUGGGGACAACAAGUCCUGCAGAACAUUCUAACCUGCUCGACAGCAGGCGUUAUUGCAACGUGGUGGUACCAGCCAGGGGCCGAAAAAGCGACGCUGAGUACCCUUUAUCGCUCGGUCACCACGAGCUUUGGGUCCAUUUGCUUUGGCUCGUUGAUCGUGGCCGUUUUGCAGGCACUACGGACGAUGGCAGACAUGGCCAAACGCCGUGCCAGUGAGGAAAAUAACGGCGGACUGGCGUGUUUAGCGUGCAUGGCGGAAUGCAUCUUGAGCUGUUUGGUGGGGGUCAUGGAAUACUUGAACCAGUGGGCGUACGUGUACGUGGGGGUGUACGGCUACCCCUUCCGCGCGAGCGGCAAAGCGGUGACGGAUCUGUUCAAGACGCGCGGCUGGACGGCGAUCAUUAAUGAUGAUUUGACGUCGGGGGCUCUGUCGUUUGGUGCUUUGGGGGUCGGAGUCGUGACGUGCUGUGUGGGAUUGCUCAUGGUGCGCUUUUCGCCUGUCGAGUGGUUUACCGCUCUCGGCUCGAGUACGAGCGUCUACGCGACGAUGGCUAUUGUUGGGUUUAUGGUGGGCAUUAGCGUGGCAAUGACCCUGGCACACGUUGUUAUUGCUGCUCUACACACUGUGUUUGUCUGCUUUGCUGAGGAUCCGGUUGCACUGAACCGCAAUCAUCCGGACGAAUAUGAAGACCUCGUGGCUGGCUGGCGUCAAUUCCAUGGAAGUGCGUUGGUUUCCGCUUAUGGAGGGGCCGUCUAA